AUGGAUGGUACUACCAGGUAUAAAAUUGAGGUUGGUGUUCUUCAUGCUGGUACAAAAUGCAAGUUUGUUUUGUGGGACAAAGAGAGUGAGGACCUAUUGGAAGUAUCGGCUUCUCAUAUGCGCGAAACCAUGUUUAAGGCUGGAAUAUUUGAUCCCCUCGAUUUUCCACUGGCACUUGACAAGCUCCUGAAUCUGGAGCUUGCCUUCAAAGUCAAGUGGCAACCAGAUUGGUCUAAUUGCUCGGUCAUCAUGUUAGUUAAAGAUAAACCUAUUGUGGAUCAACUCAAAGCUGAAUGGGUGGAUGCAACUACAGUUAAUACACAACAGCUUUCCACCCCUGUCAACCAUAUCAAAGAGAGUGUUGAUGAGGCCGUUCCUAUUGAUGAUUCCGACAUUGUUACGGAUCCUGAAAUAACUUCAAAAUUGCACUGUGAACCAGUCACACCUACGGCUAAAAGACAGAGCCCCGAUCCAUCCAUUGAAUCUACAGGUCAUGCAACACACAGCGAAGGAGAUUUGUCUUCGACUAAACUUAAGAAACAGACCAGAAUCACUAGGAAAUUAGUGAAGAUUGAAAAAUAGUUUAAAAGGUUUUCCUGGCUGCUGUUAAUUAGGGCCAUUUAUGUAAGAAAUCUAUUUUGAAUCUACCUCUUUUGGUGUAAUAUUACAUUAUUAAACGACUACCUCAU